UUUUUCGAAAAAAAUCUCGAGACGUUCACGAGCAAUAAGCCGGUUCUUCCCGGGAUCUCGAGUGCCGUUUGGCCGCGAUCGAAACGCAAAAUCCCGAGACGUUCGAGUUCCGCAUGCUGUGGUGCAGUUUUUCGGUGCUUUGACUCUUUGGGGUGUUUCACUUGUGAUCGUUUUUAGUGUCCUUCCUUCGUUUAUGUUCACCAACGUCGCGUGACGCGCGCGUAAGCUUAGGAUGCGCGAUUUUACUAGCGUUGCGACUCGCAUCGCUCCCAUAAUGUACGGAUAAACGGGGUUACGGCCGACGGACGGGGUGAUGCCCGACGGGGGCUAGAAUGGAAGAAGGGCCCGAUUUGUCCCAUUUGACUCCUGAAGAGCGGGCCAUCAUCGAAUCGGUAAUGGUCCGGCAAAAGGAGGAGGAAGAAAGGGAACAGGAGAUUAUGAGGAGAAAAGCCGACGAGGUACAAAGCCUGGAACAGCAAAUUCGGACUAGGAACGAGCAGCAAAAGAAAGCCGGCGUAGAGUUGGAAGCCACCUGUCACAUAUGUCUAAAGACUAAGUUUGCGGAUGGGAUCGGCCACAUUUGCAAUUACUGUACGAUUAGAUGUUGUGCUCGAUGUGGCGGAAAAGUGACGCUGAGAUCCGGCAAAUCGGUAUGGGUCUGUAUCCUCUGUCGGAAAAAACAAGAACUAUUAGGCAGAACGGGACAAUGGAUGCAAGGGGGAAUGCAAGCGGUAAUGACUGAUCCAGAAAACGCUCUUAUGCAACCCGUUAUGAUGCAAUCGGACAAAAGGCCCAAACUGGAACGAGCCCAUUCGGCAGCUGAAAAGGAAAACCAGCCCUUACAAAGAUCUGGUAGUACCUUAAGAAGGCAGUAUUCAGAAGAACAAUCGCGGACGCCCUCUUGCGACCGAUACAAAGAAUACAACGAGGAAGAUCCACGAUUUUAUCAAGGAGAGUUAGAUGGACUGAUGCGGCAGCACCAACAUUUAUUACCUAGAAUAUAUCCGGAGCAAAAUCCGGACAAUCCUCCGGAUAUCCGACAGGAAAGGCUCCAGGGCCAGCAAGCGAGCGCGACAAAAAAGCACAAGCGCCAAACGAAACACCAGAUGCAGCCGAUGCCUCCUCCUCCUCAAUUACAACUUCACUCCUACUCUAGUUCUGAGGAGGAUCUGAAAAGUACGCCAGAGUAUGGGAGCGACAGGGAUAGUGAGAAGGGAGUCAAUGAUCCGGAAGAGGACUGGCCCCCACUAAGCCACUAUAUAGUGGCGCCCCCCCACCGGCCUCUUCAAGACGUCACCGCUGACAAUCGGGGAUUUACCGAACGAAGAAAGAAAACCGUCAGGUUCGACCAUCAAGAUGGCCGACAGGGGUCUCAGGGGAGCCAGGACUCUCACCGUGAUUCUGGUAUAGACACGUCUUCCACGUUUACGUCUAGCGAGGAUUCUACUAGAGGAGAUUUUCCCAAGCAUCCGCACCAAUGGCAAGUCUCCUCGGAUGGAACGAAAAUGCUCGGACACAUGAUAUUACGUAGAGGAAAUACGGAAGUGACUGGAUCCAGUGCCGCCAUUUUAGGCUUAAAAGUAGUUGGCGGAAAAGUUUUGGAAAAUGGUUGUAAAGGGGCUGUGAUUGAUAAAGUUAAGAAGGGCAGUAUUGCUGACGUUGAGGGGCAACUUAGACCAGGUGAUGAAGUAAUCGAAUGGAAUGGUAGAGUGCUACAAGGAAAAUCCUAUCAAGAAGUAGCAGACAUAAUAGCAGAAAGUAAACAAGAAGCUAACGUCGAACUAAUAGUUAGCAGACCAAUGGUUAAUAGAAGAAUUGCUAAAGCCACAUGGAGGCAAUUCGCUGCUCAGAGAGGUCAACCAAACAUUUCUUGGCCAGAGUCAGAACUGUACGAGCGACCGCAUGUUUUGGUAACUUCUCCAGGGAGCCCUGAACGACAAGAAGGGGCGCCGGCCAUGCAAGCACCUAAUAGUGUUGGAGGUAGAAUACAGAUUCGCCUCGGAUUCGAUACUACGACAUUGCAACUGCUGGUUACGAUUGUUUGUGCUUCAGGGCUUCGACCAAGAGCUGAGCAGCAACCCAGAAAUCCCUAUUGCAAACUUUUUCUACUACCUGAUCGGUCUGAGAAGAGUAAAAGAAGAACAAGAACAUUGGGAGGCACGACCGAACCGAUGUGGAACCAAACCUUCAUCUACUCCGGACUCCGAAGAGCCGAUCUACGACUAAGAGCUCUAGAAAUAACAGUAUGGGACUACGUAAGAUAUGGAGCGAACGAUUUUUUAGGAGAAACUAUCGUUGAACUUUGGCCUUUGGACGAGCAACCGACUUGGAGGCAACUUGGACCACAUGAAGAGGUUGCGCUAACUCCAAGCGAACACCUCUCACCUCCCAGCACGGGAAGUAGAUUUUCUGACAGUGACACUCCUUCAGAAUGCGAAAUUGAAGGAGGAAGGGAACGAAGAGGUGCGGAUGGCGCUAGCGUAAGUAGCGUGGGAAGCUCAUCGAGUCCCCCUAGGGAGUCCAAUAACGAUCGGAGAUCUAGACGGGACCAGGAACCUAUGCAACCUUAUAGAUAUAAAAGAGAUGGCAUGGCUGGACACCGAUCCCACUCAGCUGCGCCCGACACUCAAAUUAUACACUCUUCCCGAUCCAGAUCGAAGUCACCACGAAGAAUGCCCACCGAUUAUCGCUCUCUAUCGCCGCCAGAUUGCGACACAGCUAUUAUGACUGGAGCUAGAUUCAAAUCCCGGUCAGCUACAGCCACACCCACCGGCUCUCCAAAGAAAAGACAGCUACCGCAGGUGCCACAUGCCCUUGCGAGAGCUCUUCAGGAAAGAGUAGCUCAAGACCUAGAAGACCGCAGUAGUCGCAGAGUGCGCUACAUCCAUAACUACAACCGUAGUUCUGGCUCAAGCAGUUGGGAGCGUAGGUACAGCGGUCUUAGUGAUAGCGAUCUUACGAGUCAUGCUAGGACAAGCCAUAGGAGACAAGUGUCGCCUGAUAGGGACCGAGAUCCGUUAGGUUUAGGGGAUUUCGAUAGCGAUAUGGAGUCAGUGGUUUCUGUUACGAGCAGUUCGUUUUCGACGCAAAGCGAAAGACCCAGAGGUUCGAGAAUGGCCAACGUUGAAUAUACCAGACACUCCGAUGGCGGCUAUAGAAGUAUGCGAAAUUCUACUAUCGAUAGAAGUUUGGAUCGGGAGCAACUAGAGCAUUCGAACCAUCAUCAUCACCAUAGAAGGGAGGAGUACUAUGAUGAGUCCGAUCCUUAUCAUCAUAACCACCAUCAUCAUCAUCAACAUCACCACCAUCAUCAUAGGAGGGAAGGUACGGUGAAGAGAGGGCAAUUUACCAGGAGUUUAUCCAAUACGGAGCCUCCUACGGAAGAUAAGACUGAUGGAAGUCUGAGCGAUACAGCGGUGAGCCAGCUCCAUGGAUUGGAGGUGCCAUCCCCAAGGGAUCGGAAAGAUGGGCGCGAUAGAGACAGGGAUAGGCAAAAUCAAUUUUCAGGGUUAAAUAAAAAGAGUAGCUCUACAAGUCAACUUUCGGCAACAGACAUCGGGUACAGUAGAAAACGCAUUUCUACCACCACCCCACCGAUCACCAUCCAGAGAUCCCAGGAAGUGGUACCGGUUAUACCUACGAGGUCUUCCGAUAGCAGUCAGAGAGCGUCUAGUCUUAAUUCUAUUUCCAGUUCUGAAGCAUCCUCGUGGUCACCCUCCUUAAGGUUAACCGGCGAAGGCCAGUUGGCCGAGUUCAUCGAAGGCCUUGGCCCCGGCCAGUUGGUCGGUCGUCAAGUGCUCGGCGCACCCUCUUUGGGCGACAUUCAACUGUCGCUUUGCCACCAAAGAGGCGUGCUGGAGGUCGAGAUAAUACGAGCGAGAGGCCUCCAAGCGAGGCCUGGGAGUAAAAUAUUACCUGCUCCUUAUGUAAAAGUCUACCUCGUUUGCGGAAAGAAGUGCUAUGCGAAAGCGAAGACGCAACAGGCCAGAAGAACGUUGGAUCCCUUAUACCAAAAACAAGUUACCUUUAAAGAAAACUUUACAAAUUGUAUACUACAGGUAACGGUAUGGGGAGACUACGGGCGCAUCGAAGGUAAAAAAGUGUUUAUGGGAGUAGCACAAAUCAUGCUCGACGACCUUAAUUUAAGCAACAUAGUAAUAGGAUGGUACAAGCUCUUCGGUACGACGUCACUGGUUAGUAAGAGGUAAAACCAACCAUUUAAUGCAUAUGUGAAGGAUACUGUUAGCCAGUCUAAAUAAGGCUGAAGGCGUCCCCGCCUGAUAUAAAGGGACACUCCAAAAAAAACGGGACUGUUUUAACUUUAAACUCUAGUGUUACGCAACUAGUACCAUAAAGACUAUUUUACAAAUUACGUGCUCUAAAUAUUUCAGCUCAGGGGCGUACUAGUUUUACAAAAUAUACUUAGGACUAUAUAUGGAACUAACCCCAAAAAGGGAUAUUUGGAGCACCUCAACACGAACUUGUUAACAUUAAAUUAUCUCAGAAUAUUUAUUAUUGUACUGUUAAAUUACGAGGCAAACAAAGUGAUUUAAUAGAUUGGUACAUUUUAGAACAGAACGGUAGCUUGUUUAGUGGAUAAUAGUGUAACAUAUUUUCAAAAAAAAAAAAUGAGAAGAAAUUGUAGAUAACACGCACACAUUAAAGUUUGGCUGGAUUUAAAACUCCUGUACUCAAUAAAUAAAUAAAAAUAUUUUGUUUAUUUAUUGAGUAUAUUUUUUAGCUGACCAAAAUUCAAUUUUAGUGUCACCAAAUCAUAUCGAAGUAUUAUAAUUAUACAGGGCGAAUUAUAUUAGCGUGUGAUAUAAUAAUUAUUUUUGGCACAUCUUAAGCUUGUUGCUCGCGUAUAAAUAUUAAAUAUAUAACUAUUUUUAAUUUAAGAAAAUCAUUUCUGUAAUCGGGUUAAACAACAAAAUUCGAGUAUAAAUUUUAUUUUUUUUUCUCCUCUAUACAUUUAUUUGCUACGUUUAUGUAUAUAUGUCUGUCCACCUUCAAGGGUUCUAAAAAGAAACUUCAUAAUAGAAAAAAAAAUUAUCAUAACAGGUUGGGUUAAUAAUAAAAAGGAGCUUGUAAGGAAAGAAGUUAAGAAUAUCCAUCCAUUUAUUCCAUUUACUUUAUUUAAUUGAAUUGAAAACAAAUUAAGACGGUACGUUAUUGUUAUAUUAGUAUAUACAGAGUGUCCCAUCAUUAUUUGCAUACAACAUUUAAGACCAUUUUUUUCUUAAUAAUUUUGAAAGGGCUAGUCGUAAUUAUUCGAAAUUUUAAGCAUCUACUACAUUUAUAUUAAUCUACUAAUCUUAUGGUAAUUUAUAGAGAGUCGG